AGUACAAAACCUCCCUACUAUAUAAUCGAGUGCGCGAUAAUCAAGCACCAAUUACAAGUCCUAAUCUGAACAGUGAAUACAACGCAACAAUUAGCAGUAAUUGUGCAACAUCUUAUAAGAAAACUUUGUAUUUUAGUGUUUAAAACUUUCAACAAAGGAACACAAGAAUCAUAUAAAAAAUGAGGAUCUACUACUUUCCGAAAUUAGUCGCCGACACGGCAGAAGAGUUUGAAUUAAAGAAUUGCAGCGUCGUGAUUGACGGGCAAAACUUUCUCCAUAAUAAGUACCAAUCAUCUAAGAUACCUUUUACGUUUGGUGGGGACAUGGAUCGGUACGCAACACACGUACACGACAAUCUACUGAAUAUGUUUAAAAAGGCCAACGUAAAAUGCUACUUCGUGUUCAAAGGCGGUGACACGGAUAUUAACAAGAAGAUUAAAAAAUUUGGUCGUUUCGUCUUCGAUAAAAGUGUAAACAAGGCUGAAUUUUUACGACCUAUACUAUUGAGAGACACUAAUGUACAAAUAGUACACGACGCGGGCUCACAACACGCGUUCUGCAUUACAGAAAGUAAGGAUGAUUGCAUUGCUUUAGCCACGAGAUUAGAAUGUCCUAUUAUCAGUAAUGAUAUAGAAUACUGCUUUAGGACAGCGCCAUACAUUCCGGAAACUACAUUGGCAUUUGACAGCACGACAAAUACGAUUCACUGUCGACGGUACACACUGCAGAAUUUUCUCAGGAGAAACAAUCUAACUGAGAGCAAAAUGGUUAUAUUUAGAUGUCUAUCCGACGCUAUAUUUCCUGGUAAAUUUUUUGACGAAUUACUAAGAUCAUGGAAUGUUGUAAACGAAUCUAACGAAGAAGACUAUUACGUAAGAAAUCAACAACUGAUAUUGUGGUUAUCGCAGCACGAGGAGCAAGAAAUACGUCGUAGUAUUUCAGAAUAUUUGCAAAGCGAAGAUGAUAGAAGUAAGUUUUGGGCAGCACACAAGUCUACGUUACUAGACAUACCGAAGACGGAAGGUGGUUUCGCGACCGAAUACCUGAUCAACUCGCAGCUUGAUAUAGGAGUCGAAGACCCCGACUGGUUCGAGAAGGGGGUGGUGUGCGAACACAUACCGAGUAUGUACGUAAACUUGUACAAAUGGCGAGUCGUCCAAGGCUCCUGGUUCGACAGGCAAGACAACAAUAACAACGACAGUUUUCUACUUUCAAUUGAUAUAACAAAAUACGCAUACAAUCUUCUAACAAAUUACAAAAGGGCUACUUUGAAACUGUAUCAUGACAAUGAAAAUUAUACGGAGAUAGACACGGUAGACCCGUGCGUGCCGCGCCCGGACUACGAUUGCCAAGUAUCUGUAUUCGAGAAUGGUUGGGAGGAUAUAGAUCGUUGGAACCUAUUUCAGCAUUUCUUGCAACAUAAGGGUAUAAACAUUGAAAUGUUAUCUAAACUACCAGAUGACAGCGUGCUGCUGUUCAUAGCACUGGUGUAUUUUGCUUGUAGGAAAGAGGACGUAUCAAAGGAGACUAGAGCGAUUAUAUUGUGUUACGUAUUGCUGAACGCUCAAUCUCUAUUGGGCACUGAUUUGAAAGAUUUGAAGGAAGCGAAUCGCGUUAAAGGAUAUUUUGAGAGUGGGAAAAGGAGAUACGUUGGACAAGUAAUGAAAAACUUUGACGAGUUCCUAUUCUGUUUGCAGCAAAUGAAUUAUUUGAAUAAGCUAUGCGGAUCUCCUUACAAGGAGACGUGUUACAGUAGGGUGUGCAAAGGGACACUUAUUUAUUCGUUGUUCAUUGCUAUGGACAUUUCGUUGAAACCUUGCGAUGUUUUUAUAAGCGACUCGCUAAAAUAUGCCCCUUCAGUUUUAACAUUGUUUAAUAAACUGAUUCGAAGCUACAAAGCCCUACUGAGUACAGCUAAGUAGUCAAAAUCACCUGUUGUUUUUAAUAUCAUGACUGUCAUAUUUAUUAUUUGUGUAGGAAUAAGAUUAAUAUUGUAUUCAUUGUUUUUGCUCUUACUUAUGGCUUGAAUUUAUCGAGCGUUGUCUUGAGUUGGGUAAAAUAGGCUAUUCAAUUGCGAAUUUUCUGAAAUUUGGGUCACCAAAAAUACAAGUUAUCGUGAAUGACUAACUGUCGCACUCAGAGACAUUAAAUGAUUACUUAAACUAUUCCUUACUAACAUUUUGGUUGCGGAAACAAUUACUAAGAACCCGGUUAAGUAACCAUUAAAUGACUCUGUGUGUCGCGGUUAACAUCUAAAAUUAAUAAUAACCAAUGGAAAUUCAAAAUCUAUGGAUUAAUAUGGAAUUUUGACAUUAUGCCACACAUAAUGGGUUUUCAUAAAAAACCGAAACCAAUCUAGAGGUUUUGGAUUAAGAUCGGUUAUUCAUUUCGGCCGUCAGGGAACCGAACCCGAGAUCUCGAGCUUAUACAAUGUGAUAGGGGCGAGACUUCUAACCUGUUAAGGCUGAGUACUACAUCUAAUUUUAUCGACAAAAGUCGGGGGUCGAAGGGGUCGAAUCCCCUCCCCCUAAAAAUUAUGGCUAUUUUAAUAUUUUUUUUUACUUUUUUUGAUAUCAAAGAUUGUAUGCGUCAGAGAAACAAAAAAAAAAACGACAAACGGUAGCUAAUAACCUUGGCUAACUAAUUCAUUACUUUUUUCAUAUGUUCGAUAAUGUUUUGGUGAGAAAAAAAUCAUUUGUGAAUUAUUUUUACCGAAAAAUUCACUAUUUUUCAAUAUUUUCAAUUAGGGGUUCAACCCCCCAUAUUAUUUUUUUUGUCGAUAAAAUUAGAUGUAGUACUCAGCCUUAACGGGUUAGAAGUCCCACCCCUAUCACAUUGUAUAGUAGCCAGCUCUUUUCAAACGAGUCUAUAUUUAGUAUUUUUAUAAUCAAUCUAAUCUAGAUAUUGAAAUAUUGUUAGGUAGUUUAUUCAUAAGAAUAUUGUUUAUUUUUAAAAAGUUGUCUAUAACAUAAGCUGUGAUUAUUCAAAAUUAUAACUUAAUCAUGUAAUUUUAAGGUCUACAUUUGUAUCUUAUUUUUUUAAAAUAAAAAAUCAAUCUUUGGA